CAACGAUAUUGGAUACUGAAAUCAACAGUUUUGGAUACGUAGGUCGUCUCAAGGUCGCCUACAGCAAAGAUGGUGAAACAAUGCCUCUUGGAGGUUUAUGGAGUUUUGGGGAUUGUAAAAGAGGAGUCAGAGCUAUUGCUCAGGACUUUCAAAGAUCUGUGCAAAGCUACUAGUUUUGCGGAGGAAGAAACAUUCAAGCUUUCUGAAUAUGAAACAGAGAUGCGAUGUUUACUGGAUGAACGAACUCUUAUUCUAAGCCAUUUGCGUAGCAUUGAUCAGGAUAUAUCCACGUUGGGGACAAUAAUGCGUCAAGCCUGGUCAGAUCGAGAAAAAAAUGUUUCUCACACUCAGAAGCUAUAUAGUGAAUAUGACAAACUUUUGAGUAGUGUAAAUAACCAUAGAAAACGAUUGCAGAUACUACCUCUUCAAAAUCAGUACAAAGCGAAUGAGACAUUGUGGAGUUAUAAGAAUCUUACCGGAACUACAGGAAAUGAAAUAAACGUGUCAAGUGUUGAUUUACGUGGAAGUUAUUUGGAUCAAAAGCAGUCUAUUUCAAUUAGUGAACGUGAAAAUCAGCCUAAACCAAAUGAGAUGAUUCAAAGCAAGACCAAGUUACUACAGAAGUCCGAAACGAAGACAAAUAGCAAAGGUUCCAAGGAAGUGCAGACUUCAAAGUGGGACUCAUGUAACAACCAUGAAACACAAAUUCAUCCUAGUGAGAUACCAGUGACAGCCAUUUUUACUCCAUUCACCAUGGGAGCAGGAACUACUAGAAAUGACAAUCAAAGGUGUGAUGCUGACUCAUUUUAUAACGAAGAAAGAGGGAAGUGCGAACGUGGCGUGCACAGUAGCAACCUUCCGUUGUCUAACAAUGAACCUUUUCAGGUUAAUUUCCGCAGUCAUGCAGGUGUAUCUGACUGUAAUUUGGACCAGAUUAGUUCAGAGUCUCCAUCAACAUCCAUUCAAAACCAAAUGAGAUCAGUUAGUGUAGAUUUAAGCCAGUCACUACUCCAUCCAAAUGAAUCUCAGCUGAUUGCACAAUGCCCACCAAUGAAAACAUGUCAAGCAUGCCAGCAGUUAAUCCACCGAAAUGCUCCAAUAUGCCCUUUGUGCAAAACCAAAAGUAGGUCAAGACAUCCGAAGAAGCCGAAAUCACGUCCCAACACGCAGGUUACUGACGUACCAGAUUCUACAAGCAUUUUUCUGACAUCGGAUGCAGUACGUGAUCACAAUGAAUAAGAAGUUGCUAAUGUGAUUGGUUACUAAAUAUUUUCGGUCUUUUCUUCUACGAUUUCCUUAAUUGCAUUUUACCUUAUACGUCACAUAAUAAUCACGAUAACACUUCUUAAUAUGUAUUUAAUAAUUUUUCAGUUUAUGUUUGAAAGUAAAUAAUCUGCAUAUACACAAACUUAUUUUAAACUCCGUCACUGUUUUAAUUCUCCAAUGCAUGUAUAGGUCUUCAGUGUACAUGUCUAGUAUCUAGUCAAAGAGAGGAUUGUGCUAUUUAUCUCUUGUAUAAGCAAUUAAAACUUUUGACCGACAAUACUACUGCGUGGGGCAUCAGCAAAUUAUAAUAUCGCCUGAUAAUCCCGGUCUAUCUAAUGAUUAAAUUUGUAGUUAUGCUAUAUUUUUAAGUCUGAGACAUGUGAACUUCUACAAACAAUAGGCCACGAGUGAUAGGUAGGCAUGCAUAAAAAUUUAAUUUUUAGAGACCUCAGGAAUAAUAGGACGAACUGUAACAACGUGAUGUUCGACAAACUCGUCAGGGAAAUAAACAACAUUGUACUGAUUAACUUAAAAAUAACAGCGUUAUGGUCUUAAUAACUACUGGUUUUCGACUCGUAAAAACUGUUUGACAUAACGGGGAAUACUUAUAGAUGACCUAGUAGAUAUUUUAUCAGAAAUUGCUUCACUGGACACAACUUUCAACCUGCAGCAUCCCUAGUAAAUUCGAUAAAUCCUCCAAUGACAUUAUUUGUGGCGACUGAUUAGUUGUUGUAGAUCUGCCUAGAGCUAGUUCAGUAAUAAAUAACAUUUAACAGUAAUUCUGUUACGAGCUUAUAAAUUCAGACAGGCAUAAAUAGAAAAGUGGCUCAAAAUAAGGUCAUGUCAUCUGUUGGGGAAAGAGGGAAGAUCAAUCGACGAGGCUAUAAAGUUACAUAGAUUGAGAUGGCUAGAUCACGUGCUGCACAUGCCUAACCAUCGCCUCCCCCGACGGGCUUUGCUAGCUGAUAUAGGUGUAGGUUGGAAAAGAACCAGUGGUGGUCAAACAAAAACAUGUCAUCAAUCCAUGAAAUCCUUGACAGUUAAACUGAGUCAGGUAGGGAGAUGCAGACUUCCGGGUUGGGGCCCUCGGGACUCCAGGAAUCAAUGUUUGGAAACAAUAGGUGACAUGGCUCAAAAUCGUUGUCAAUGGCGCAGAUGUAUUCAGUUUCUGUAAUCUCUCAUAUUUCUUUCUACCAUUACCCAUUCUGUUUCGCUCUUAUGCUUGUCAAACUCUAUUGAUUCUCUUUACUCAUCUUCUUGUCUACCUUUGUGUGCUAUUUGGAACGUGGCAACUCGAACUGCCGCACUUCAGUGCCAAGUUCUAUGUUGAAUCUAGACAGACAAACAUGUCAUCUGCUAGUCAAAUGCAAGAUAAGACUGCAAGAUUGGUCCACAUCGACUCCUAGUCUGAAGACAGAUUGUAUAAUGACUCAGUAUGUUGAUACUUACCAACUCAUUUAGGAAGUUGCACCAACUCUAAUGGACUAGUCGCUAAUGUAGUUAUCGUGAUUAACAGUCUCUAUUACUGUAUUGUUUGAAUACUCAUUGUUUGUUAAUAUUCCUCAUAAUAAUACAAUACAAAUAAUUCUGCC